AGUGGUAUCCAGUAGCACCCUGAUCAGAGUCAACAUUCACUUGAAUACAAAAAGGCUUGGAAGCCUCACAGUCUGAAUCAAUCAUGAAGUAUUUUGUUAUGCUGCUGCUUCUGGUUGGCUGCUUGUCUUGUGUCACUUGGCAGCUUCCAAAUGAGGAUGAACAAAUCAGUGAGCAGAUGAGAGAGAAGGUGGAAAAGAAGAGUGAAGCAGUUCAUCUUGAGAGCUGGCCACUUGGCAUGUGCUCUGUGGUGAGAGAGAUGAGCGCCAUGUUGGGAGAGCAGAGAGCUGAGCUCAGACAUACACAAGCGCGCCUCAGCGCCUUAGAAGGCAGACUGAGAGAAUCUGAGGCACAGAUCCAGGAACUGAAAACAGAGAACCAAGAGUUCCGAAGAAGAGAUGAAGAACUGACGAGAAGGUUUGAGGAACUACUGAAAGAACAUCAGGUUCAGUCAGUGAAGCUCGGAGUUCUGAGAGACAGGUCCAACAUCACUGAGGGCAGAGUGGAGGAGCUGAGGAAAAACAAUGAAGUGAGAAAGGCGGCAUUCUCAGCCUCUCUUCUGGGUACUGGAGAGGGACAUGUUGGACCCAUCAGUACUGAAACCACACUAAUCUUUGGAAAGAUCCUCUCCAAUGUCGGCAAUGCUUACAAUCCAUAUACAGGGAUCUUUACUGCCCCAGUUAGAGGCAUCUACGAGUUCAAACUCUUUGUCUACAAUCAUGCUACUUCCUCAGUCUCCUCAGGAGCAUCCUUGCAUAAGAAUGGAGAACGUCUGGUGACCGCUUAUGCCCACAAUGAUGAUCGUCAACAUGUCAGCAGCUCCAACAGUGUCAUUGUACUGAUGGAGCAGGGAGAUGUGGUCUUUGUGAGACUGUGGGCUAACAGGAGAAUAUUUGACAGCAAAAAUCACCACAGCACUUUCAGCGGACACAUACUGUUCCCUCUGUGACACAGAGGAAAAACACUGAUGGAAAUAAAAGGAAUCCUGUCAUGUAUUCUGUUAAAAACAUAUCUGUGAUGAACUUUGUGAUCAAACAGCAAUCACACAUCAGUGCUGAGCAGAGAUUUUCAAGUCUGGCCCUCAAAAUCUGUUUGCAUUCUCGAAAUCGAGUGGAAAAUGCUGGCAGAAUAUUUUUUCACAUAUGAAUACAUAGAAAAGAAAGACAGAAAGAAAAAAAAGCAACUGAUGCCAUCAAAUGUUUAAUUUAGUAUGAAAAUGCCACUGAAUCUGUCCUGGUUGUUCUAAAGUGAUGAAAUUGUUAUAGUUAAACGACCAUCUAAUAGUACCUGUUAGAUUUUUUUUAUUUCUGUCAUUUUUAUAACUCACAACUAAAUUUUCAUUGUUUAUAAUUUUAAAUAACAUCUGAAAGCAUUGAUUCAAUAUAAAUGAACUUUGACCUAUAUUUGAACAAAAACAAUGCAAAGACAAGAUAUGAUGAUUAGAUAAGGUAAUGAUAUAUUGACAAGGUAAAACAUAUGUUAACAACAUCCAGGAACUCUGCCAACUUCUCUGGGCGCCAACUCAUAUGAAAUGUACUGACAACACGUUGGAAACGCCUGAUGAGACGAUCUUUCAGAUUUUUCGUGUUCUGUAAGGGAAAGAAGAAAAGGACCAUCCAGAUUGUUACCAGCAUAAAGUCCUGGUAUUGGAGCUGGGGAUAUUAAUGAGUAACUUACAUGUUGGUGAAGGCACCAUUAACACUGAACACCUAUGUUCGAUGUUUAUUUUAACGUGACACAAAGCCUCAUUCUGCAAGUUCCAACAGCAUGACUGCAUAUUCACAGAAUAGCGGGUGCUAGACUGGCCUGCCUGUCCAGUCCAGAACUGUCUUCUAUUAAAAAUGCUUAUCAUAUUAAGCUCAAAACAUGACAACAAAGGCAUGGAUGCACAGCUGAGGACUUGUUUGAGAGAAGAAUGGCAAAAAAUGUUUUUUUAAAGCUGUAUCAAAUGGUGUCUUCAGUUCUAAAAUGAUUAUGAAUGCGUUGUUAAAAGGAACAGUGAUGAAACACUGUAGUAAACAUGCUCCCAUUUUUAGUGUGUUGCAUGUAUUACAUUUGGAACAUUUGCAAAAAAUAAGUUCAUAAGUUAAAACACAAA